UGGAGCCUGCCGCCCGGCUCUCGGCUGCCCGCAGCUCCGGCUCCUGGCCCGGCGCUCUGGCGCGGCUCGGGCUCUGGAGGACAGGACCGCGCGACUGGCCGGCCCACCCCGGGCCGGCCGCCGAAGCAGGGCCCGGGAUGGCACUCUCCGUGACAGAGUUCAUUGUCUUCUCCCUCCUGCAAACCGCCCUGUCCCUGAACCCCGAGGACCCCAACGUGUGCAGCCACUGGGAGAGCUAUGCCGUGACCGUCCAGGAAUCAUACGCACACCCCUUCGACCAGAUCUACUACACGAGAUGCACAGACAUCCUCAACUGGUUCAAGUGCACCAGGCACCGGAUCAGCUAUAAGACGGCGUAUCGGCGCGGCCUCCGGACCAUGUACCGACGGAGGUCCCAGUGCUGUCCUGGCUACUAUGAGAACGGAGACUUCUGCAUACCCCUGUGUACAGAGGAGUGUGUACAUGGCCGCUGUGUUUCCCCGGACACCUGCCACUGUGAACCCGGCUGGGGAGGGCCCGACUGUUCCAGCGGCUGUGACAGCGACCACUGGGGCCCCCACUGCAGCAACCGGUGCCAGUGCCAGAAUGGAGCCCUGUGCAACCCCAUCACAGGCGCCUGCGUGUGUGCCGCCGGCUUCCGCGGCUGGCGCUGCGAGGAGCUCUGUGCGCCCGGCACCCACGGCAAGGGCUGCCAGCUGCCGUGCCAGUGCCUCCAUGGAGCCAGCUGUGACCCCCGCACUGGCCAGUGCCUCUGUGCACCGGGCUACACUGGAGUCUACUGUGAGGAGCGGUGCCCACCUGGGAGCCAUGGGGCUCACUGUGAGCUGCGCUGCCCCUGCCAGAAUGGGGGCACCUGCCAUCACAUCACGGGAGAGUGUGCCUGCCCCCCAGGCUGGACGGGAGCAGUGUGUGCCCAGCCCUGCCCACCGGGGACGUUCGGCCAGAACUGCAGCCAGGACUGUCCUUGCCACCACGGAGGGCAGUGCGAUCACGUGACUGGCCAGUGCCACUGCACAGCUGGCUACAUGGGGGACAGGUGCCAGGAGGAAUGCCCCUUCGGGACCUUUGGCUUCCAGUGCUCACAGCGCUGUGACUGCCACAACGGGGGCCAGUGCUCCCCCACCACCGGAGCCUGUGAGUGUGAGCCUGGCUACAAAGGCCCCCGCUGCCAGGAGCGGCUGUGCCCCGAGGGGCUACACGGCCCAGGCUGCACCUUGCCUUGCCCCUGUCACACCGACAACACCAUUAGCUGCCACCCAGUCACUGGAGCGUGCACCUGCCAGCCAGGCUGGUCUGGCCAGCACUGCAAUGAGUCCUGCCCCGCUGGCUACUACGGCAACGGCUGCCGUCUGCCUUGCACCUGUCAGAAUGGCGCUGACUGCCACAGCAUCACUGGGAGCUGCACAUGUGCCCCAGGCUUCAUGGGAGAGAUCUGUGCAGUUCCGUGUGCUGCGGGGACCUAUGGCCCCAACUGCUCAUCUGUCUGUAGCUGUGACAACGGUGGCACCUGCUCCCCCGUGGACGGCUCCUGCUCCUGCAAGGAAGGGUGGCAAGGCCUGGACUGCACCCUACCGUGUCCCAGCGGGACGUGGGGCAUGAACUGUAAUGAGAGCUGCGCCUGUGCCAACGGGGCAGCCUGCAGCCCCACAGACGGCGCCUGCUCCUGCACCGCCGGCUGGCUCGGAGACGCCUGCGAACUGCCCUGCCCGGACGGCACAUUUGGGCUGAACUGUAGCGAGCGCUGUGACUGCAGCCACGCGGAUGGCUGCGAUCCUGUCACGGGCCACUGCUGCUGCCUGGCCGGAUGGACAGGUAUCCGCUGUGACAGCAUGUGUCCUCCUGGCCGCUGGGGUCCCAACUGCUCCGUCUCCUGCAGCUGCGAGAACGGUGGCUCCUGCUCCCCAGAAGAUGGGAGCUGCGAGUGUGCCCCUGGCUUCCGAGGACCCUUAUGCCAGAGAAUCUGCCCCCCCGGGUUCUUUGGCCAUAGCUGCGCCCAGCCAUGUCCCCUCUGCGUGCACAGCAGUGGACCCUGCCACCACAUCAGCGGCGUCUGUGAGUGCCUCCCGGGAUUCUCCGGAGCCCUCUGCAACCAAGUGUGUGCUGGAGGGCACUUUGGGCAAGACUGUGCCCAACUCUGCUCCUGUGCCAACAACGGGACCUGCAGCCCCAUCGAUGGCUCCUGCCAGUGCUUCCCUGGAUGGAUUGGCAAGGAUUGUUCACAGGCUUGCCCCCCAGGGUUCUGGGGCCCCGCCUGCUUCCACACAUGUAGCUGCCACAACGGGGGGAGCUGCAGCGCUGAGGACGGCGCCUGCCACUGCACCCCUGGCUGGACUGGACUCUUCUGCACGCAGCGCUGCCCUGCCGCGUUUUAUGGGAAGGACUGUGGGCGCGUGUGCCAGUGUCAGAACGGUGCCAGCUGUGACCACAUCAGCGGCAAGUGCACCUGCCGCACAGGCUUCACCGGGCGCCACUGUGAGCAGAGAUGUGCGCCGGGAACCUUUGGCUACGGGUGUCAGCAGCUGUGUGAGUGCAUGAACAAUGCCACCUGUGACCACGUCACUGGCACCUGUUAUUGCAGCUCUGGAUUCAAAGGAAUCCGGUGUGACCAAGCUGCCCUCAUGAUGGAGGAGCUGAAUCCCUACACCAAGAUCAGCCCAGCGCUGGGUGCAGAGCGACACUCGGUGGGUGCUGUCACGGGCAUCGUCCUCUUGUUGUUCCUCAUUGUGGUGCUGCUAGGCCUGUUUGCUUGGCGCCGGCGGCGACAGAAAGAGAAAGGCCGUGACCUGGCGCCCCGUGUCUCCUAUACACCUGCCAUGAGGAUGACCAGCACUGACUAUUCGCUUUCAGAUUUGUCUCAAAGUAGCAGCCAUGCCCAGUGCUUUUCCAAUUCCAGCUACCACGCACUGGCGUGCGGGGGGCCUGCCACCAGCCAGGCCAGCACUCUGGACAGGAACAGCCCCACCAAGCUCAGUAACAAGUCCCUUGACAGAGACACAACAGGCUGGACCCCCUACAGCUUUGUGAACGUGUUAGACUCCCAUUUCCAGAUCAGUGCCCUGGAGGCCAGGUACCCGCCCGAGGACUUCUACAUUGAACUUAGACACCUCAGCCGCCCCGCUGAGCCACACUCACCAGGUGCUUGUGGAAUGGAUAGACGUCAGAACACAUACAUUAUGGACAAAGGCUUCAAAGAUUACAUGAAAGAAUCCGUGUGCAGUUCUAGCACUUGUUCCUUGAAUAGCAGUGAAAACCCAUACGCCACAAUUAAGGACCCACCCAUCCUCACCUGCAAGCUUCCAGAAAGCAGCUAUGUAGAAAUGAAGUCGCCUAUGCACAGGGGGUCUCCGUACACAGAUAUGCCAUCCUUGUCGACAUCUAAUAAAAAUAUAUAUGAAGUUGAGCCCACUAUCAGUGUGGUCCAAGAAGGCCGCGGUCCUAACUCCAGCUAUAUCCAGAAUCCAUACGACCUACCUAGGAACAGCCAUAUUCCUGGUCACUAUGACCUCCUCCCAGUCAGACAAAGCCCUGCCAAUGGGCCCUCCCAGGACAAGCAGUCUUGAGAGAGAGAAGUCUCUCUCUUGCAAUGUGCUCUGCUGAACAUUCUGACUCUGAAAGAAGACAGUCCCUUGAUACAGACUGACUCCACCUGCGUGUUAGUUAUUAUUUCCAUCUGGAACUAAAGAAGAGCUUCCAAGUGGGACUGGGUAACUGUUCAAAUGGUCUGUUCACAAAGGCAAAUCCUAUCACUCACCCACACCUAACCCCAAAUGCCCAGGAUUACAUGAUCUUUUAAAACACUUAAGAUCCAGCUACUCAUCAACAUCAGCUAAAUAUAGAUAUUGAUAUACUUAAUCCUCUGAAACAUGUCGCCUAUUAGGAAGCAUAUAAGCAUAGGUUUCACGAAUCUUCCUGGAGGAAAAGGGGAACUGGGGAGGGAUAAGAAUUACUUUAAAGCUCCUGAAAUGUGUAUGUGCUUUUGAUUGCUGUUACCAUCAACAUCUGUUUUAUUACCUAAGGUAAACAGCACACAGACAUAAAGUGUGCUGGUAUCAAUCCUAAAGUACCUGUACAUCUAUGUCCGAUCUGUCAAAUCGCAAGUCAAGAUUAUGGUAUAUAGUCUAAUACUGACAAUUUCAAUUUUUUAAAAUAAGACUUUAGAAAAUGCAAACUAACUUUCCUUCUUCUGCCCUUCAUGGUAGUAGGAGGAGAAGUUUCCAAAGUACAGCAGCCUCUUUCAGUCUACAAUGAUUUCUAGGCCAGCUUUACCAAAUCUUACUGAUUCAAGGUUCAAGAACAUUGCCAAGUCAUGCCUAGCCUUCAUAGCUCUUCAAUCCAUCCAACACCUGAGUCAUGCCAUGUGAAACAGAACUCUUGAGAUGAUGCCUUUAAGCAAGCAGUCACAGACUGGUAAGGAUGAAGUAUCCCUAAAAACAGCUAUUUGGCCUCCCAAAUUUAUUUGGCUGGCAUUCCUUGACUCAGGAGAGUACUUGUUUUCAAGUAUUUCUUCAUAAAUCUUGAGCCUGAUGUAGUAUAGAACCUAAAAGUGUAGAAGAAAUUAGAUAAAAGUGGAUACAGCAAGUUUAAUAAGCUGCUUAAAAGUACAUGAUGCUUUUUGAUGGAACUAAAUGAACAGAUGGACUGUAGUCAGUUGCUGUAACCUGAUGUAAAACUUUACAGAAAACAGCAAAUAAGGAUAUGAAGUACUUCUACCUUAAAACCACCACCUACUGAGAUGGCCAAAAACGUAUUACAAUGAGCUAAUUCCCCAGAUCCCAGUACUUAGACGUGUCCAUACCUUCCACUACUAAACAGGUAAACUGGGGCUCAGUUUGAGUCAAACUGGAGCCAACUCCCAAGCCCUAAAAGAGAGAACCUUCUCACAAGAAUUAAAGACCAGAAGGGCAAAGCGAGGAAACUAAUGGCCACCCCUAUACCACUCCGUCCUCUGAUAACAGCCAGCCAGUAAAAAGAUACUUCCAAAAAGGUAAACAGAAGUGGAACUAAAUGACUGAGAAGCUGGAAGAGCAACUACAGCAAAGUGUGGGAAUCCUGAAGCCCUUGAUACAACCCAGAAGUCUGCCAUGGAACCCAUUAGCUGGGGCAAUGACCAGAAAGGCAAGAAAAUCAAUACAUGAGUAAAUCCCCCUCCCUCACUUCACUAACGGCUUAAGCAAAUUUCACUGUUAGGGGAAAACAUAGAAUACUUACAUGAAUGCUGCAUGCGUGCAUGGGAGCAAGUGAUCAGCAACAGCAAACUUCCUUUCCACAAAAGCCUUAUGAAAUAUAAAUAUUAGAAAAUUCCUUUGUAGACCCAAGUAAAUAUUUCUCAUACAUAUGUAGAAAGGAAUAGAGAUAAGAGACUUACCUCAGUAUUUCAGAGCAGCAAGUGCUCAAUUAUCUUUGUAAAGCAAGGAGCAAGAAGCAUGGCGAAGUCAGACCAGCCAGGACAAACUUCAUCUCAAUCCCAGGCUUUGCCUUCGUCCCCUACCCCGCAUGCACAGUACUGCUGCCUGGCACACUGCAAAUAAGCAGCAUCAUGCGAGUUUCAAGUGUCACCUCUUGUUUGCUGACUAUCUUAUGAGCAAGAUUCAGCAAGAGGGAGCAUGGUGGAGCUGCUAAUGCACAGGGUCAAGAGAAUUGAGUGUUACUUGCCCUCUCUGGGCUCCUUUCUUUCUCAUGUAUUAAGGGGGGGGGGGAGGAAAGAGAGGUACAGAGCUCUAAUAAUCCUCUGGCUCUGGCAUUCUAUGACUGUUAAAUGUAAUACAACUCAAAUUAGGCAAUACAGAGGAGAAGGGAAAGGCAGAGGGUGUGAUUCAUCUAUGGUGACAACAGUUGCCUUCACAUAUCUAAGAGUUACUGGUAAAAGACAUUUCAAUCUUACAGAGCAACUGUUAGGAACUUCUGUCUAGCACUAUCACACAUGGGUUAUGGUCAACCUAAAUAUGUGCACUGUGCAUUAUAUUGGCAACUUGGAAAGAUCUGUUUAUUUUACAGAAACCAGUUUUCACUCAGUGAUGUGCAUUCAAUUCAAAUGAAUAAAGAAAACACUAUUAUUGUACAAUAGCGUAAGUGAUACUAUGAAAUGGCAAUACUUUUUUUAAAAACCCAGAUUUGUAAUAUAUUUGUUCACUGUGCAAAGGGACCGUACCUUGUACAAAAUAAAAGGAAUUUCUCAAACUAA